GUGGUGGCAAGAUGGCGGCGGGCACGGCUGGCGGGGCGGUGCGACGGAUGCAGCUGGUGCUGGGGCACCUCUCCGGGUCUGCCCAGGGGAUCGGGACGGUGGUUCGGGCAGCGCCGUGCGGGAGCCACGCCGGGGGCUCGGCGCGGGCCGCCAGCCCCGAUGAUGUGGUGGUGGUGCACGGGCGGAGGACUGCCAUCGGCCGCGCCAAGCGCGGCGGCUUCAAGGAUACUACACCUGAUGAGCUGCUGUCUGCUGUUAUGACUGCUGUCCUUCAAGAUGUCAAUCUUCGUCCUGAGGUCCUGGGAGACAUCUGUGUUGGAAAUGUGCUGCAGCCUGGAGCUGGUGCUUUGAUUGCAAGAAUUGCACAGUUUCUAAGUGGCAUUCCAGAGACGGUGCCGUGCUCCAGCGUGAACAGGCAGUGCUCCUCUGGGCUACAGGCCAUUAUCAAUAUAGCUGGCGGCAUCCGAAAUGGAUCGUAUGACAUUGGCCUGGCCUGUGGUGUGGAAACGAUGUCUCUCCGAAGAGCAAACAACCCUGGUGAUGUCAGUUCCAACAUGAUGGACAACAGCAAAGCUAGAGAUUGCCUUAUUCCUAUGGGAAUCACCUCAGAAAACGUGGCAGAGAAGUUUGGAGUUUCCAGAAAGAAGCAAGAUGCCUUUGCCUUGGCUUCCCAGCAAAAAGCAGCAAAAGCUCAGCAGAUGGGACUGUUUAAAAAUGAGAUCGUUCCAGUGAAGACCACUGUUCGAGAUGAUCAAGGCAACGAGAAGACAAUCACUGUGCACCAAGAUGAAGGGAUUAGGCCCUCCACGACCCUGGAGGGCUUGGCAAAGCUGAAGCCUGCCUUCAAAGAGGAUGGUAGCACUACAGCAGGCAAUGCCAGCCAGGUCAGUGAUGGAGCAGCUGCUGUUCUCCUGGCAAAACGCUCAAAAGCAGCCCAGCUGGGCCUCCCAGUCCUGGGGGUGCUCAGGUCCUUCGCUGUGGUUGGAGUCCCACCCGAUGUUAUGGGCAUAGGACCAGCCUAUGCGAUCCCUGUGGCUGUGGACAAGGCAGGUCUGACUCUGAAUGACAUUGACAUCUUUGAAAUUAAUGAAGCCUUUGCAAGCCAGGCUGUGUACUGUGUUGAAAAGCUGGGCAUUCCCAUGGAGAAGGUCAACCCCCUGGGAGGAGCAAUAGCACUGGGGCACCCACUGGGCUGUACUGGUGCUCGUCAAGUUGUGACUUUGCUCAAUGAGCUGAAGCGCAGAGGGAGAAGAGCAUACGGUGUUGUCUCGAUGUGCAUUGGGACUGGCAUGGGCGCCGCAGCGGUGUUCGAGUACCCAGGGAAGUGAACUCCGGUGUGCUGCUGGAACAACAGCUCAUUCUCUGCCUUCACUGCCUAGUAGAAGCAAAUGAUUUGCACUGUGAAAUCAAGUGGAUUCAGGGAUUUGGCUACUACAUCUGCAAAAUUUAGGCCCAAGUUGUGAAUCAGAAUAAAUCACACAGAUCACCUAAGCAGGUGGGAGAUGCAGACCUGGCAUUUGCUGCAGAUUUAAGAAGCAUCCUGGCAGGAGAAAUUAGUUCACCUGAAGUUCAACUGACAGGACCUUGUGUGGUGAUGAUGGAUACAUUUUUCUGAUUGAAUUGAUCCCUUUAUUCUAUGAAUACUACCAGAGAAUUGGUUCCUGGUGCAGUGUUGUGUGACAGAUUGCCUGAGAGGGUCACUCAAAAGAAAAUCAUCAGUGCAUGUGAAAAGGCCUUUCCAGGGUUUACUUUGAGAUUUCAUCAUCUUGCCAGAGUCUGGAGCAGCUUUUGCUUUUGAAAGCAGUGCAAAGACUCUCCCUCAUUUCCUUUACAGCUGUGUCUGGCCUAUGCCAGCAUAAGCUGUCUCUGUCUUAAUUUGUCCAUGUGCUGGAGGAUGUGCUGUAACUUUAUACUUCUAACCAAGCUCCUGUGAAGCCUCUGUCAGAGGGACCAGGAUGUAAUUUACAUAGGAGAUGGCCUGAACAGAAGUUCUGCUGAAUUGCUGGAGGCCAGGAGUUUGCAAGUGGCCAUUCCACCUUUUAUAGCACAUGUCUAAUUACCAGUUGUGAC